UAUGGCUUCCUUCAUGUGUUGUGAGCUUCAGGCAGUCUGCUCUUUUCAUCUUGGGGUUUCAUGGCAUCUGGAAGAGUUUUAUAAUUCGUUGGCCUUUGCCAAAAUAUCCUCAUAAAUGUCGAAGAUCGAGGAAGAGUGGAAUUUACACUGGCUGGUAUGGCAUAAUGAUGCCAUUAAGUUGCGAGACGCUCUUCGGGCAGCUACAGAGGACAAAAUUGAACAAAAGGAUCCUAGAGGACGGACUCCACUGAUGCUGGCUGUUACUCUAGGUCAUCUGGAAUCAGCUAAAGUUCUUCUUGAACACAAUGCUAAUGUCAACAUUGAGAAUGAUGAAGGUUGGUCAGUUGUUCAAGAAGCAAAUGCAACUGGAGAUCCUGAGCUCUUGAUGGUAGUCUUGGAGAGUAGAAAUGCCCAACGAUUCCAGACUCGCAGUCAAGGAAUUCCACAGCUCCUCAGAAAACUGAAAGAGGCCCCUGAUUUCUAUGUGGAGAUGAAGUGGGAGUUUACCACUUGGGUCCCUUUGUUGUCUCGUAUCUGCCCAUCUGACACCUACAAGGUUUACAAAGAAGGGUCCAAUGUCCGCAUUGACACCACACUCCUAGGUUUUGAGCAGAACAAAUGGGUCAGAGGGAACAAGUCUUUCAUCUUCAAAGGAAGACAUGAUGGUGCUCAGUUGCUGGAAGUAGACCAUGACCGUCGAGAGGUUUAUAGUGUGGAUCUGGGAAUCAGAGAACUGGAGGGUGAGAUGAUGCCAACCCAGGAUGCCGUAGAAGGCCGUCUCAGCUCCCCAAUUGUCACCACUUAUGUCAAUACUGACAAGAUAUCCUUUGAAAGAAACAAGAGUGGGAUUUGGGGCUGGCGAUCAGACCGGUGUGAGACAAUCAAUGGGCAUCUGUGCAAGGUGUUUAGUGCCACCAAUGUGGAGCUGGUGACACGCACCCGCAUGGAGCACAUGACUGAGGAUGAGAAGCAGCGAUGUCGAGAGGAAGAAAAGGAUUCCUUGCAGCUCAUUGCUCCCCUGCAGACUCUUCUUGGCAUUCUGGAAACAAGCACUGUCAAUGAACAUGAAGCAGAUGAAAAUGAAAAAGAAGAAGGGAUGAGUCGAAAUGCAGGCCAUGUGACCCCUGAGGAGUAUUUUGACCCUGGAGUGGACCUGGGAGGUCGAGACAUUGGAAGGCGAAAAGAGAUGACAACCAAGAUACAGAAGUUCAAGGCCACCCUUUGGCUUUGUGACUCAUAUCCACUUAUGCUCCCUGAGCAGAUCUUACCAAUUGUGGACCUCAUGGCCCUCUCCUCUGCCCAUUUUGCCAAGCUCAGGGAUUUCAUUCAGCUCCAACUUCCAGCUGGUUUUCCUGUCAAGAUUGAGAUUCCCUUGUUUCACGUGCUCAAUGCAAGCAUCACCUUUGGGAACAUCUUUGGGUUGGACUCUCCAGUAGAAGGAGUGCAAUACCUGAAUGAAGAGGACACAGGUCGGUUGUCAUGUGUCCUGUCAGAGUCAUGCUUUCAACCUCCACUUGGCUACACCCACACUGACACUGAGUCUGCACAGAUGCAGCCAGCAUUUGGUCUGGAUGAGGGUGAUGCACUCAUGCAGUAUGCUAUACAGCAAUCACUCAUGGAAGCUGGAACUGAGAAUGAUAUGGUGAACGUGUGGGAGGCCUUGAGUGGAAGCAACCCAGGGCCAGUUGGUGAUGGUCACCAUCUCCCUGCUCCCUCCAACCGUCCCUUACCAGCUCCGCCUUUCAAUGAGGAAGACACAAUCCUCCAAAGGGCCAUAGCUGAGAGCCUGGGUCUCGCAUUCACCCCAAGCGAGUCUUUCUUGACCUCAGAUGACCCUGACCUGGAACAAGCAAUUCGACUGUCACAGGAGGAAUCAGAGGCCUGGCAGCAUCGUCAGGAGGAAGAGGAGGAGACUCUCAAGCGCAUCCUUGAACUUUCUCUUGUUGAGAAGUAGUCAAUCUGUGCUUGCUUUUUUGUUGUAUGGGUUGCUGCAUUGAAUCAGCACUGUGAUACCUUCCCUGACCAACUUUGAUAAUCAUCUACCUUCCAUGACAUUUUUAUUUCCUUGUGGCACCUGCAGGCUUGCUAACCAAUACCUAUGCAAGUUUGCUUAUUAUGGAAUUUCCAUUCCAGUGUCCAUGCACCCUCAAGCAAGGGCUCUUGAUCGACCUUCAAGGGUGAAGCUUCCAUCUUCUGUCUUAUUUAGUCAUGCUAACAGCAAACCAACAUCCUUUCUGUGUGUAAGUGAUGGAAUCCAAAUACCCAAUCAAAUGAUUCAAGAUUGGAUACAAAGUAAUUAAAUUCCUAUUAGAACUUCUAUUAAAUAAAGAAUUAUUAUUUCAUGC